GUUCCUGAGGGCGGAGCGCAUCCCAAACGGAAGGUGGUGGUUGUCGGUGCUGAACCUGGUUUGAAGCUGGGGGUCGGGCCCGGCCGUCGUUGUUUGUCGCCGCGGCCCCGCUUCCGGAGUAGGCCGUUCCUGCCCGCCCCCUCCCCGCCUCCCGUCUGACCCUGCGGUCCCAGACCCGGCUCCCCGCCUGACUCCUGCUGCUCCCGCCGCAGCCCGCUGUGGACCCGGCCCGCACUGCGGCCCCGCCGCCACUAUGUCCCUGCACGGCAAACGGAAGGAGAUCUACAAGUAUGAAGCGCCCUGGACCGUCUACGCCAUGAACUGGAGUGUGCGGCCCGACAAGCGCUUUCGCUUGGCGCUGGGCAGCUUCGUGGAGGAGUACAACAACAAGGUUCAGCUUGUUGGUUUAGAUGAGGAGAGCUCAGAGUUUAUUUGCCGAAAUACUUUUGACCACCCAUAUCCUACCACAAAGCUCAUGUGGAUCCCUGACACAAAAGGCGUCUAUCCAGACCUACUGGCGACAAGUGGUGACUAUCUCCGUGUGUGGAGGGUUGGCGAAACAGAGACCAGGCUGGAAUGUUUGCUAAACAAUAACAAGAACUCUGAUUUCUGUGCUCCCCUGACCUCCUUUGACUGGAAUGAGGUGGAUCCUUAUCUUUUAGGCACCUCAAGCAUUGAUACAACUUGCACCAUCUGGGGGCUGGAGACAGGGCAAGUAUUGGGGCGAGUGAAUCUUGUGUCUGGCCAUGUGAAGACCCAACUGAUCGCUCAUGACAAAGAGGUCUAUGAUAUUGCUUUUAGCCGGGCCGGUGGUGGCAGGGACAUGUUUGCCUCUGUGGGCGCUGAUGGCUCAGUGCGGAUGUUUGACCUCCGCCAUCUAGAACACAGCACCAUCAUUUAUGAAGACCCACAGCAUCACCCACUGCUUCGCCUAUGCUGGAACAAGCAAGACCCUAACUACCUGGCUACCAUGGCCAUGGAUGGAAUGGAGGUUGUGAUUCUGGAUGUUCGAGUUCCCUGCACACCUGUCGCCAGGUUAAACAACCACCGAGCAUGUGUCAAUGGCAUUGCUUGGGCCCCACAUUCAUCUUGCCACAUCUGCACUGCAGCGGAUGACCAUCAGGCUCUCAUCUGGGACAUCCAGCAAAUGCCCCGGGCCAUCGAGGACCCUAUCUUGGCCUACACAGCCGAAGGAGAGAUCAACAAUGUGCAGUGGGCAUCGACUCAGCCUGACUGGAUUGCCAUCUGCUACAACAACUGCCUGGAGAUACUCAGAGUGUAAUGUCAGUGGCUCCGUGCCCAUCAGGCAGGGGUUUGUGUGCUUCCCACCUCUGCCCCAUCCCCAAAGUAAGAAGAAACAUGUUUCCAGUGGCCAGUAUGUCUUUUGUUGCUUUGCACCCACUGUUACCAGAAGCUGCUUUAGGAGUUCCUGGCCAGUCACCCCACUGCUCUCUGUGCCGGACUCAGUGCUAUGUGGCGCCUCCUCAGCCCAGGGCUGAGUUUUAAGAUUUUCUCUCCUUUCUUCUUCUCCUUUGGUUCCUCAAUUAAAAAUUUCUGUAUAUUUGUUUGUCAGUUGUCAUGUUAAUGAGCAGUCUAAGCACUGGCUGUGUUUGUACUCAUCUGCCCCAGAUGUCUCCGUCUGUUUGCUGCCCAAGGCAGCAGCCCAUGUCUUGUCCACGUCCAUGUCUGUGUUAGCACUUAUGUGGGAACAAACAGCAAUCUGAAGUCGUCUCUUCUCUUAGUAUCAGUGUCUUUAACAAAUUUCAACUUUGUAUAUUUUUUAUCAGGCUAAUUUUUUUAUGAAAA